AUGUCAGCAAAUGCUGCUCCUGUCGACCCCCUAACGCAAUUCUCCCUUGCGCUCGCUGCGCCAGCCGACUCGAAGGAGCAGGCAGAGCUGCUCUCGACGCUGCGCGAGUCGCUCGAGAACCACCCCAGUCUGUCGAUAUUAUGCUCGACGCUCAUCAACACACUGUCGGGCACGGGGGAUUCGCUCAUGAAGACGUGGGUGCUGAACCUGCUGCACUUCGCGAUAUGCAAGUCGAAUUUGAGUGCCGAGGCGCGCACUCAGCUGGCGGACCAAUCAUUGGAGGUCCUGGCGGGGUUAUUAAAUGACGGGAACAUCAACACCGUGAAGGUGGUUGUGCAAUGUUUCCCGACGGUGUAUGCGUUACUAUUUCGGUCAUUAUGUGUGAACCGGAGUAAUCGCAAGCCUUGGGACAUCCUCACGCAGGCGAAGGCGCGAAUCCUCGAGUUUGUCUGGGCUCCCCAUGUCAACGCCGGCCUGAGGAUAUCUGCCGUCAAGUUCAUGCAGCGGGUCAUACUUGUGCAGACGCGUGGGAUCAAUGACCCCAGGCUCCAAAAUAAGGACGAUCCCAACCUGAAUAUGGUGCCCUCCGAUCAUCCCUUCAUAUCUGUGCAGGCUCUGGAACAGGAAGGUCUUAAGCUCCUCGAAGGCGUCAUCACGACACUGUACACCAGCAACAAUCCCGACAUGCUUUCAGCCAUCUUGAAUAGUUGGGCCAACCUCAUCAAGCGACGUCCAGCACUUGUCGAAUUGGUCUUGUCCACACUGGUUCAAUGGACGCCUGUCAAGCUCGAAGGCCAACCAGCGUCUGUCAUCCGGAGUGCGGAGAAGACCAUUCGCAUUCUGCUCACGCACAUAUCUCGGACGCCGCAGGGCCAUCCGUUUGUGGGACAGAUCCAAUCCGCCCUUGCUGCUCAAGCGGCAAGGAUGGAACAAGCUGUCGCCGAGGAGAAGGCUCGUAGGGCGGCGGCAGCAGAGGCCUCGAAAAAGCGUACCACUACAGCGACUCCCGUCACUGAGGCGCCAGAAUCCAAGCGGCCCAAGCUGGAGCACGAACCUGUUCCUGCUCUCGGUGCCGGUGGCUUUGACUUCAGCGCGCUCCCUGCGACUCUCGUGACCGACUUGAUUGUGGCCAACCUGCAAGCGCAUACGGAAAAUGCUCUCAUCGGACUCGUUCAAGCAUACAGACACAAGAAGGCCACCACAUCGAUACCGGUACCAGCAGUGGCCGAGAUACCUGGACUAUCCUCGACGCCUCCGCCAUCUCGUGGAUCUACCGCGGAGCAUGUAGCCUCUGUCAGCGCCCAGCGUCCACCCCCUUCAGGACCUCGUGCAGACCGUGAAAAGAAGGCGAAGUCUGUCACACCUCCGCCUCCACCAGCUCCGGUCAAAAUCGAGGAACCUGUGGAUCCUCUCAAAAUGGACAUUGACGACGAAGAGAUGGAGUAUGAGCCUGACAGACUCAAUCUGGAGAUAUCUGGCGAGGCAGAGCCCAUCGAUGAAGCAGAAGCAGCGCUAGACCAUGCCAUGGAGGAGGCAGAGCUGCCUAUUACCGAUUUCAAGCUUCCUCCCGCACGAGAGCUCGACGCGGACGACCGGGAAGUUCUUAUGCGCAAGGCAAUCACUCGAAUACGGGAAGGGGCCAAAGAGCUUGUCGCUGCCGAGGGUGCACUGGAUGCUUCAGAUCCCCACCACCUUCGGACGACCCCAGCGGACAUGUGGAUGCUGCUUCUAGUGCGGAUGGUAACACGUGUUAGCGAUCCCUCCAUCGAACAGGAGGCGAACGAGGAUGAGACGAAGGCGGAUGAUGCUGUUGUCAAGCGGUCCGAAAUCUACGAUCGGCAGGAUAGACUACGGCAUGCAUUGUGCGAAUAUAUCAUGGCCGACUUUUCUGGCCGAAUACGACUCGCAACGACCUGGAUGAACGAGGAGUGGUACAACGACAGGAUACGACGUCAACAAGACCGGGCCUGGCAACCGAAUUACGAGACCUGGCUGAAUCAAAUCGUAGCGGCCUAUCAGACACACGCAGAAGGCAAGGAUAGGACAUUUUCUCGCUUCCUGCUUGAUUUGCCAGCCGUGCCACAAGAUGUCCUAAAUCUACUCAGGGAAUCCUGCGUCGAACCAGAACGGCGACAGAUGGGCUUUGCCGCUUUGCGAGAGUUCGUGUCGCAACGACCGUCAUUACGAGCAGAAGCCAUGAAUAUGCUCCUGGAAUUGACGACGCAUCCCGACAAGAUCACUCGCGGUGCAGCGAUCAACACAGUCAAGCGUUGGAUCCCCGAUGUCCAACCUAUGGCGGAUAUGAUUCGUGAUUUCGCCUUGCAGUUGCUUCGCCGACUCCAAUCUCGUCCAAAACAAGCCGAAGAAGAGAAGCCUGAAAAGCCCCAGACGAACGGCGCCGACCAUGAAGAGAACAUGGAAGAUGGCCAACUUCCACAGGAGGAUAUCAUCCAAACGCCGUAUCUGCCGGAGCAGCUCGAGCUUCCCGCGGUGAACGCGCAGAUCUUGCAGCAUGUGGAGCUACUGUUCGCCCUGUCGACGAAGGUUCCGGAGUUUUUGGACGAGAUAUUUGCGGCGUACGGAGGGAUGGAGGAGACCGUUCAGGAGACUGUCCAACAGUUGAUCACACCGUUAGUGCGAGCACUUGGGCCAACACAUGGGAAACUCCUUACGCUUCUACGGACGUUUCCUCCUGGUGCGGAGUCGCUGGCGCUGCGUGUGCUCACUAUCUUUACGGAGACGGGCCGACCGAGUGCACAGCUGGUGGCAUUGGUCAAGAGUCUCGUCAAUGAGCGCGACCUCGAUGCAAGAUUCCUUAUCCCCAUCAUCGCUGAGAUGGACAAGGCCGACAUUGUGCGACAUCUACCACGCAUCGUAUCUAUUCUCAACGGGACGCCAGAACCCAAGCAGCUCGUGCGUUCAGUGUUUAGUUCUAUCGUCACCACGCCACCAGAAACGUUUGGUAAAGUGACGUCUAACCUGCCGCGUGUGCGGCAAAGCGAGCUGCUGACACCGGCGGAGCUUAUGGUACUGCUCCAUGAGUCGGAAAGGGAGAUCGGGUUGAGGAGCGCCAUAGAGGCCAUUUCAAUCUGUUUCUCCAUGACUGACAUUUACCGCUCUGAAAUUCUUGGUGUCGUAAUGAAUCAGCUUGUGGAUGUUCCAAAUCUUCCUACGCUGUUCAUGCGGACGGUGAUCCAAGCGGUGACCACAUACCGUUCGUUGCGCGGUUUUGUAUCGACAACGCUGCUCUCGCGCCUGAUCACCAAGAAGAUAUGGACAAAUCCCCCGCUUUGGGAAGGCUUCAUUCGCUGUGCCAAGCUCAUCGCGCCGCAAAGUUUCGGAGCGCUCCUCCAGCUACCCAAGGAGCAGCUGCGCGAGGUUGUCGAGAAGCAGCCCACCCUCAAGGCCGAGUUGCGUGAGCACGUCAUGAAGAAGGGCACGAACAAGGCGCGUGUCGCAGGCUACCUCGACAUCUUCGGCGAAGACGAUUCCAGCACACCGGCCGCCGCCGCAAGCCCGGCGCCGUCCGCUGGAGAGUCGACGCCUCAACCCGAGCCAGAACCUCUGCUUGUGGAACCCGCUCAAAGCUCAUAA